CUGCGAAUUGAAGAAUAACAAACGAAUGGUUACAUAUUUAUGCAAAUCAGUGCUCGCGAACGAAUGCCAACGAUGACGACGGCGAACGACAUUUGAAGAGAUUUGGGCGUGAUGUCAAGCUACGAGCCGCGAAUGCCUCUGAGAAGGCGAGCCAAUAAAUAACGAAAAUAUCGCGCAGUUUGUUCUUGAAACACCACCCAUGCUCGCAUAGUUCGCUUAAUUCGUCGAGCUGUGAUAGUGUAGCUAGUGUACGUUUGGUCUCAUUCUAUAAGGGGAAGUGCCAUUGAGGAAAAUAUGUUUUGUUCGUGACUGGGCAAUUCGAAGCUGCUCAGGUGGGAGCAAUCGAUUCAAGUGCAAAAACAGUUAAGGUGUACAGCAAGAGAGCUGCAACUGCACGACAGUGUUGAAUCUGUGCUGGGCACUGUGUAAAAUGAUCUUCGAAGGUCAAUAGAGACGUUCGACUGCAAGCCGCCCCCAUAACUGCACCGUAUCCGUGUGACACUCAGCAAUAAGAUCCGUACAGCAAACCGAGAUGGAGUUGCCGAAGGGAGCCAAAAUAACCCACGCCGGGUUGCUACAGCACACCCCGGAUGGCAAGACCGAGAUCCAGAAGAUCACCCAAGCCGGUCUGGUGGCGCGCUCUCCGGAAGGAACCGCCGCCAAGGGGAUGAACAUUCGCGGCAACGAAGACCUUUGGGUCGAGAUUCAGGCCAAUACCUUCAAAAAUUGGGUAAACGAGCACGUGAGGGAGUCCGGAUUGCGGGUCAAUGAUUUCCACGAGGAUUUCUGCGACGGUACAUUCCUGUGUGCCUUGGUGGAAAGUCUUCAGAAGCGUCCUCUGAAGCCCAACUGGAACAAACGACCCGCCAAUCAGCACCAUUAUCUGGAGAAUGCGACCACAGCCCUGAAUGCCAUCGAAGCGGACGGAGUGAAACUAGUCAAUAUUGGUAACGUUGACAUUGUCAAUGGAAAUGUGAAACUUAUUCUGGGACUGAUUUGGUCCCUGAUCGUACGCUACCAGAUCGGAAGGAGUAAGUUCCCUCCGAGGAAACUGAUGCUAGCGUGGUUGCAAGCUGCGCUUCCGGACUGUAAGGUGACCAACUUGACGACAGAUUGGAACAGUGGUGUAUUGCUGUCUGCCUUGUUGGAUUACUGUGAGCCGGGACUAUUUCCACAUUGGCGUACGCUUGACGUUCAUGACUCUGUUAGGAAUUGCGAGCGAGCUAUGAAGAUCGCUUACGACAGAUUUGGAAUACCGAAAGUAUUGGAACCGGAGUACUUGGCAUCUAGCUGGCUGGACGAACUUUCCGGAAUGACGUACUUGUCGUAUUUCAUGAAACCCGAUGGACCGGGCUACAAUGCAACGAUGAGGUGGGUGAACAGUGUCGUCAAACGUCCGGUCAACAACUUCACGACGGACUUCAACGAUGGAAAAGUGUUUUGUGAGAUCAUCAAAGAUCUGGGAGGUCCCGUGCCAGAUCCGAGCAAGUUGAGCUCCGAUCCGAUGAUGUGGGAGAGCAAUCAGAAUAAGGUCAUCGAAGGGGGUCUCAAACUGGGGGUGAAGCCAGUGCUGGCUGCCAAGGAUAUGGCCACGGCGGAUGAAGAGCAUCUAGGGAUCAUGGCCUAUACCACUUGGUUGCGUUGGGUUAUUCCGAGACCUCCGUUGGCGGACAUGCUGGCGGUUCAUCUGGAAAGCACUUCCGGAAGAAUUGGCGAACCGAGCCGGUUUCGAGUGGAGGUUCUAUCGCGGGAUAUAGAAAUGAGCAGCGUGAAAGCCUACGUGAGCACCCCGAACAGCAAUACGUUGCAGCAGGUGAAGUUGAACUCGAGGGGUGAGGGUACUUACAUUCCGGAUAAGUACGGCAUGCAUGAAAUAGUGCUGGAGGUUGACGACAAUCAGUUGGGAGGUCAUUUCUUCCGGGUGUUACCUCGGCUGGUAACGGUACCUCCUCCAGGAAUGGCACCUUGCGCCCUAGGAAGCUUGGUGGAGGUGCUUGUAAAUGCUACCGGUGCUCCAAAGUCGGAAGACAUUUUGGUUACAGCAUACAGCCCAUCCGGAAGACCAUUGAAGUGUCCAUUGAAAAAGAUCGAUCACGGACACAGUGCCAUAUUCAAGCCGGACGAGGCCGGUGUUUGGGAGAUUGCCAUAACGUACCAGGGACGCCACAUCCAGGGUGGUCCAUUUACCUGCUCGGUAUUCGACCCCAGUGGUGUUUCGGUACAUGGAUUGGAUGGUGCCAUGCCAUUGAGGGCCCACUCAUUCGAGGUAGAUGCCCGUGGAGUUGGAGUCAGCGGAGAGCUACACGUUGAUAUUGUGCACGAAAAGCGCUCGCUGGUUUGCUCGGUGGAGAAAUUGCAGGAGAACAAGUAUCAAGUAACGUUCAUGCCGCGACAGAACGGCAAGCAUCGAGUGUACAUUUACUUCAACGGCUACGACGUGAAAGGUUCUCCGUAUAUAAUGCGGGUAGGCAGCAAGGGACGUUCCGGGAAGACUAGGAGCAGUCCACAGCAUGAGAGCAGGAUGAGGUCCGAGAGUCCUUCUUAUCACUUCCAUAGCUCAUCCCUGAACAGGAAGAGCGAGGUCAAACGAGACAUCUACUCGCCACAAACGGUUACACCAUCGAGAGAAAUAUACAGCACUCGAGUAACUUCCCCACUUCGAGAAAGUCCGUCACCUAAGGAUGUCCUCAACAGCAGCAGCUUCAAAACAGAAUACAAGAAUUUCGCUUCUGAAAACGACCACAGCUUCAAAAAGAGUACCGAACUGCUGGCAAGCGAUUUCAAGACUCCGCCUAAGGAUGAAGGCUACAACUAUGUGAAGACAGUUCGUACGGAAAACCACGUUACCAAGACAAUCCGCCAACAUCGUGACUCGGAGAGCCCCAGUCUGCUCCGCGCGAGCCCUGGCCUGAAGAGCCCCCAAACCGUAUCUUCAACGAUAUACGAAUCCAACGCUCGUAACGCAACAGCUAGUCCGAAGUUCUACACUUCUACCACACGUUACGUCCCGUCACCGGUGGAACCCCGCAUUUCCAGUCCAAUCAACAUGCACGAGAAGAACGAAACGUACAAAGUUACCGAAAGAGAAUCCACCUACAAGAGUACGAUCACAAGAGAUGUUGCCCGAGACAGCCCAAUAGAAAUGUACAAGGUCAGCUCGCCGUCCACGGUAGACUAUUCAUCCAACAUCAAAGUAACUUCAAACAAUGGACCAUCCAGGCGAGACAGUCGCGACGUAAUCAGCAAGACGAAACACAUGUUUUCACAAAAUUCAUUGGAAUCCUUGGCCAAUCUAACCGAAAAGCAACUGAACACGGAUUUGACCUUCGACCGUACAGUCGACUCUCAAACUGAGAAGAAUACACACUUCAACAAGUUUUCGCUCGGUGAGAACAACUACCGCAGCAGCGAUCGCAAACUGAUCGAUGAUGAAGGAUUGUACCGCCCAGGGGGAUACCUGAAAAACUACAAGACGGAAUCGAGUGAACGUUACGAGAAGUACACCACUUUGAACAGCGGAUUUGAACCCAUUGGUCGGGAUGUUACCGGUGCUAGAGCGAUUCGGGUACAGGACAUCCCUGACGGAGUACUCGGACGCCCGGUGGAAUUUGAAAUCGACGGUUCCCAAGCUGGGUCCGGAAAUUUGGAAAUUUUGGUCAAUGGUGGUCGUGUGACCUCGGCGGUGCGUGCCCUGGGUAAUCAGCGUUUUAUCGCCAGUUUUACUCCGCACGAAUCGGGAGUGCACACGGUGCAGAUCACGUUCAACGAGGAAACCGUACCAGGUUCACCGUGGAAUAUCAACAUAAUGUCCUCACCGGGGCUGACGGCUCUCGGUGAAUCCACCCGGCUGGUUCCGGCCAAUGUGCCGGCGGUUUUUGAGGUUCUGCCGCCUCCUGGAGCUUCGAUCCGAGGCAGUGACUGCGUAGCGACCGUGCUUUCGCCCAGCAAGAGCAAAGUCAACGCGCGAGUCACCCACGAGGCGGCCAACGGUGCUGUGAGGAUUGAGUUUGUCCCCAAUGAAGUCGGAACGCACAUCAUCGAGGCCUCAAUUGGCGGCACCACCCUGGUCGGAGGACCACUGAUUGCCAAGGUGUACGACUCGAGUCUGAUUCAAGUUACGGAUGUUAACGGUGGAGUGGUGGGUCAGCCAUGCCAGUUCAGGGUAGAUGCCAGUGCAGCUGGUGAAGGCCAACUGGAAAUUUCGAUUAAUGAAGGCGAAGUCCCAAAUCAUGUACAAGUCGUUGGAGGUGGUAGAUGUCUGGUAUCGUUUACUCCGGAGCAAGCGAAACCACAUUUGAUUGACAUCAAAUUCAACGGAGAAACUGUCAUGGGUUGUCCGUUUGUGUGCUCAGUAGCCGAUACCAGUCGAGUUCUGCUGAACCUAUCGAACUUGGAAUUAAUUCCGGUGAACAGGCCAGCUUCAUUCCACAUCACUGUCAGUGGUGGAGGAGCCGCAGAGCUGGCUGUUAGUGUACGAGGUCCACAGGGAGAGCUGCCCGUAAGAGUGACCGGUGACAUCCACGCCGGAUUCACGGCAGAAUUCACUCCAAACAAUGUCGGAGCUCACACAAUCAACGUCGAGUACAACGGUUAUCCAGUGCAGGGAACUCCCUUCGUUGCCAAGUCUUAUGACGCGACCAAGGUCGGAGUCGGAUCUGUAUCCAAAGGAACCGUUGGAAGACCCGUACAGUUCACCGUCGAUGCCGGAGACGCCGGCGAAGGAAAUUUGGAGAUUACUAUCUCUGCUAAAGGCCAUAAUAUACCCACCCAGGUGCAUCCACAAGGAAACGCCAAAUUCGCCGUGUCGUUCGUCCCCGCCGAGCCCUGUGAGCACAUCAUCAACGUGUCGUUCAACAAAAUGCUCGUUCCCGGUUGCCCCAUCACGGUGAUCAUCAACGGGGGUACGACGGGGCCGCAGGUGUCCCUCGGUGGACCCGGUCCGCUGCAUUUGCCGAAUUCGCUCAUCAUCAACCACGCCGGAGGCCGACUGGAGGACAUCGAAGUCAAUGUCGAAGGACCGUCGGGACACUCGGUGCCAGCGCAGGUUCUGCAGACGGCCGACGGCGUAUUCAAGGCGGAGUUUGUGCCUCGGGUCGUCGGCGAACACCGGGUCAGCGUUUCCGUGGAGGGUCAACCAACCGUGGGCAGUCCCUACUCGGCAAAGGUUUACGAUGUUACGGCGAUCAAGGUCAAGAACGUCAACAAUGGGACGGUGGGAAAGCCGGUCGUCUUCUUGGUUGAAACGUCCCAAGCAGGACCAGGAAAUCUGGAGGUAACGGUGAACGGUGGACGAGUGCCUACUUCGGCUCAAGCUCAAGGUCAGCAUACGUACGCGAUCAGUUUCACUCCUCGGGAAGCCCAGAACCACACCGUGGAGUUACGCUUCAAUGGGCAGGAUGUACCGGGAAGUCCUUUCACGUGCAAGGUCUCUCCAGCAGCGCGCAUCGUCACCAGCGAUCUGAUGGAUAAAGUAAGCGUGGGGCAUGUGUUUGACUUCCUUGUGGAGUCGGAUAUAUCUCCAGUUGUGGAAGUUCUUGGUCCAGCUCGACGUGCAGUUCGUGCCGAUGUGAUUCCAGUUUCUGGUGCGUAUCGGGUAAAAUUUGAGCCGAUCGAGGUUGGUGAUCAUUCGGUUGAAGUUCGCUUGCCUGGCAGUGGUCAUGUGGAAGGAAGUCCGUUCCUGUUGAAGGCCUAUUCUGCUGAAAAAGUGGUCGUGACCGAUAUCAGACCUGGAGUCGUUGGGAAGAGUGUUAGUUUCGGGAUCAAUGCAAGCCAAGCCGGAGCUGGAAAUUUAGAGAUCAUUGUCGCUGUAGGUGGAAAAAAUGUACCGAACUUUGUCCAAUCUGAGGGUAACGCCAGGUUCAAAGUUAACUUCAAGCCUACCGAAGCUGCAACGCAUUCAUUGUCGGUUAGAUUCAACGGAUAUCCAGUUCCAGGGUCACCGUUUGCUUGCCAUGUUACACAUGCUCCUGUAUCGCUCUCUAAAGCAAUAGCUACCGGCGAAUGUCUGAGACAAGCUCCGGUCAAAUGCGAGAACAUCUUCGAGCUCGAAGGAUUCGAUGGCGUAGAUCCUCAAGUGUUGAUAACUUCCCCGUCUGGAGAUACCGUUUCCAGUAGAGUGUCAUUCAGAGACGACAUCCACUUUGUGUCAUUCGUACCUACUUCAGUUGGUAGACAUUUGAUCAGCGUAACUGCCAAUGAUCAACACAUUAAUGGAUCGCCAUUCUCUUGCAAUGUAUUCGACGUUUCGCGUGUUGCAAUCAGUGGACUCGAUCAUCAUAACACUUUGGCUUCUUUGGGAGUACCGCUUACCUUCAGUGUUGAUGCUGCUGGAGCAGGCGAAGGAACUCUCGAAUUGGUUGUAUCAACUGCAACUAGCACCGUUAAAGCUGAAGUCACUGCAUGCGCAAGGGGAUUGUACGACGUAACAUUUGUACCGCAAACCUGUGAACCUCAUUUUGUCAACAUUACAUUCAACGAUCUACCGGUAGACGGAAGUCCUUUCCGCUGCGAGGUUCAGCAAAAUACGCAAAAUGUGCAGGUUGGAAACAGCACCUUUAUCGAGUUGGUUGGUGAAGAUCAAACUGUGGAAAUCUACGACCCAGAGAACAAGAUGGUACCGUUUACUUUGUCCAGAAAGGCUGCCGAGUUCAAAGCCACCAAAAUCGGAAGCUACAUCGUUCGUUACGUUGAUCAGGAAACCCGUUCAUUCAUCGCCGCAAGGACAAUUAACGUAUUUGAUCCUUCGAUGGUAAAGAUCGUCGAGGUCGGGGAAGCUUACUGCCAUAAACCAGCAUCCCUGGCGGUAUCGAUCUUGGAUGCUGGUCAAGGAACGCUUACUUCCGUGGUUCGGUGUGGUGGCUUAGAGGUACCGCAUUCGAUUCGAGGACCGACCAAGAACGGUACUUGGGAGAUUGUGUACCAUCCUACAAGAGUUGCUCCACACAAGAUUAUGAUCCUUUACAAUCAGGUACCGAUCGCUAGUAAGCCGAUCGAAAUAAACGUCUUGGCACCAGCUAUGAGCAAGGAGAUCACUGUCAACGGCUUGGGACUGUACCAGGCUCGUGUCUCCAAGACCACCUCGUUUGCCAUCGACACCGUUGGUCAUCCGGCACGGGAGUUUGACGUGGUCGUUUCCGGCCCGGGAGGUCAAGCUCUGCCGGUGCGCUGCUACCAGACCAAGGGUGGCCAUCUGCAGGCGGAAUUCACCGUACAGAAGGUUGGGCAAUGCUUGAUUGACGUUCUCCAUCAAUCGAAACCCUUGCCAGGAAGUCCGUACACCUGCGAGUCGUACGAUCCAUCUAAGAUCCACCUGCAGAAAGUGCCGAAGAUGAACCUUUGCACGAACUCGCCCAUAACCUGGAAUGUGGAAUCCGAGGCGGCCGGCGUUGCCGAAAUCGAAGUUACGGUCCUGUCCCCCACCGGACAGAAUGUGCCGGUCCAGUUGACCCAACAGGAAGACUACGUUCAUCAGGUUGAAUUCUUGCCACUGACUGCCGGUCACUACAAAGCCACUGUCAUGUACGGAGGUGAAAGUGUACCGGGUUCACCGAUUACGUUCGCCGUUCAAGCCGUUGGAAACAAAACGGAUAGCCAUGCGUCCGGUAAUGGGUUGGAAGUUGCCCACCGUGGCAAGGAAACCUCCUUUGUGGUUUUCUGCCCGUCUAUGCCCAAUGUGCAGAUCGAACGAUGUGACGAGCAAGCGGAAAGGAUAGAACCUAAGAUUAAGAACUUGGGUAACAACGAAUGGAAGAUAUUCUAUACUAUUCUGACGGUUGGAGAGUACGAGAUCAGAGCGAGUUGUACCAACCGAGGUCCCUUGCCAGGGUCGCCGUGGACCAUUUCUUGCCUGGAUCCGGCUAAGGUUACACCAAUCGGAGGCUGGGGAAGUCUGCUGGAUAACAACGGAAAGCUACUGUUACCAGCAAAGAUUGCCUUCGAUACCAGCAUGGCCGGUCCAGGUGAACUGACCUGUUACGUAGACAGUACAGAAGUUAACGUUGAAAAGCAAAGCAAUGGACGAUGCAUUCUCUAUUUGUCGGACGAAGAACUAUCUAAGGGAGAGCAUAGCUUUGAUUUGACCUGGUCUGGACUGCCCAUCUCUCAGAGUCCCGGCUACGUAUUCGUCACAGGAAACUCAUCUGCCGCGGAUAAAGUGGUGCUCACGGGAAGAGGUCUUACAUCGGCUCAAGUGGGUGAAAUAUCUCAUUUCACUAUCGAUGCUUCGGAGGCAUUAUCUGGCAAACCAGAAGUGCACAUGGAAUUCGAGGAUGGAGAAAAUCUACCAGUAACUCUGCUACAGCCAAGGCCAAACGAACUGAUCUGGCUUGCGUCAUACAAUCCUCACAAAUCAACCGGAGGACCUUUGAGCCUCUCCGUCGAAUGGAACGGUCGUCUAAUCAAGGGAUGUCCUCUGACUAUUUCUGUUGGACCGGCAGUAGAUGCUGCUAAAGUUCUCUGUUCCGGCGAAGGUCUUCGAAAUGGCGUUGUUGGUAGAGACAUCAAAUCCUGGAUUGACACGAGGCGAGCUGGUCCAGGUGAACUGACAGCGCACUGUGCUGGUCCACGGAAAGUGGCUUACUGUGAGCUAUACGAUCAUGGAGAUGCUACUUUCACAUUAAACGUGAAACCUCAAGAGCCAGGUCGGCAUACGCUAACGAUCAAAUAUGGAGGUCAGCACGUUCCCGGAUCGCCAUUCACACUUCGAGUAGCAGGAGCUCCCGACGCCAGUAAGGUCCGCGUCUACGGUCCAGGAAUCGAGCAUGGCGUUCUGGCGACGUUCCAGUCGAGAUUUAUUGUUGACACGCGAGGUGCUGGUGCAGGUCAACUGACGGUUCGCGUACGAGGACCCAAGGGCGCCUUCAGAGUCGAGAUGCAGCGCGAAAGCCAGAAAGAUAGAACUAUUCUAUGCAAGUAUGAUCCAACGGAGCCAGGCGACUAUCGGGUGGAAGUCAAGUGGGCCGGCGAAUUGGUGCCUGGGUCACCUUUCCCAGUGCUGAUCUUCGAUACGCAGGAGGAGCUCAAACGAUUCUUACACGGCAAUUAACAUCACCCUUUGAGAGUAUUGUUUAUAAUUUUAAGUGAAGCUCUAAUUUUUAAGAUGUUGACUAAUUUAUGCUAGACAAAGACGAAACGUUACAAAAUCAUAAAGAAUAACAAACAAAGAAGGAAGCAAAUUCAUAUUUACACAUUUCGCGGAGAGCAAUUUGUUCCACAACGAGCGGCUUGAUUUGUGAAUUAUUGUAUUUAUUACAAAAAAACAAAUAAAGUGGCCUAUAUGCAAG